CAGCAACUGUUGCUGCAGCAACAUCGCGCCCAACAGCAACAUCAGCCGCAUACACAACAACAUAUGGUUAAUGGCCGCCGCGUUGUAAUACAAACAUCAGAAAAUGGCACAACCACUGGCGUAAUGGACAUUAGCGACAUCAAGGUGGAGAAUCAAGAGGUGGACGACGAACAGCUCGACGAGGAGGAGGAGGAAGAUCCAGAGCUCAACGAUGAGAAUCUCCAGGAUAUUGAAGAGGAGGCGCAGGCAGCCGAAGCUGAUGAGGAGCCCGAAACGGCGACACAUUUGCAACAUCAGCAUCAUCACCAGCAGCAGCAACAGCAUCAUCUUCAGCAGCAACAUCAUCAUCAACAUCAGGAGCAGCAACUUCAUCAUAACCAGCCACAACAGCAGCAGCAGCAACAAGAGCAACAUCUUCACACGCAGGUCAAACUUGAGCUGGAAGAUCUGCCCGAAGAUGAAGAGGACCAGCGGGAUGAGAAUGGACAAAUGUCACAGUCAGCACAGCAGCAACAACUCGAGCUACAACAGCAAAUGGAUUAUGCGACAGCGGCACAGCAGCUGGUGCUGCCCACCGGCAGCAUAGUGAGCACCACAACGCGUGCCCCAUUAAGUGUGCCCGUUUCGGAGGCGGCACUGGUGCAGCUGCAACGUCGGCCCGUCUACAUAAGCAAUGCGACAAUGAGCAGCCUGGCGGGCGCCACAUAUGUCCGCAUGCCCACAGCGGCUGUGAUCAGUCGCAGUCCGAUGACGGUGCUCAAUGUGGUGCAGCAGUCGGGUGCACCCACUGCACAGCUGAUCUUGCAGACAACUGCUUCAGCUGCGGCUGCAACUGGAGCCGGAGCUGGAGUUGAAUCGGAAGCAGCUGUUGCUGCCGCUUCAUCGUCGUCCAGCAGCAACGAGCAGCAUCAACAAAUGGCGGCGCUGGCAUUAGCACAACAACAACAACAGCAGCAACAACAACAGCAACAACAACAGCAGCAGCAACAACAACAACAGUCCAUUAAGCAAGUGACGACCACAAACACAGUGGUGGCAUCAUCGACGACCAGCUAUCAGUGCAUGGAGUGUGUGGAGAAAUUCGAUUCGAAGGAACUCUUUGACAUCCAUCGCAGCGGGCAUGCGAACAACAUGAAAUGCGCCAUCUGCAAUAUGGUGUUGAAAUCGUUGAAGAACUAUGAGAAGCAUUGUCUACGCUGCAAGCCCUACGAGUGCCAGAUAUGUGGGCGUGUCGUACGCUUUCGCCCCAAUUUCAUAAAGCAUAUGCGCGUGCAUACGGGCCAGCAAUCGGAGCGGCAUAAAUACAAAUGCGAGGUGUGCCACAAGGAGUUCAUGAGCUUUGAAUAUUUCAAGGUGCACAAGAAGAUACACAACGAGAAUGUGAAUCUCACGUGCGAGAUAUGCGGCAAGGUGUUCAGUGCGCUCGCCUCGUUGCGCGGUCACUCCAAGCUCCACUCGGGCGUUAAGCUGCACAAAUGCGAUGUGUGCGGCAAAGGAUUUGGACAGCGUUACAAUCUGAAGAUACACGCACGUACGCACACCGGUGACUUUCCGUUUGAGUGCAAGGUGUGCAAGAAGAAGCUGCAUACGCAGUCCUCGCUGCAGACGCACAUGCAGGUGCAUCUGCGGGAUCAGCCCAAGGGUGGCGCUGCUGUGGCCGCCACUGCUGCCGUUGCCGUCGCCGCCACAACUACAACAACCACCGCAGCCAGCAAUGUCGCCGUCAGCAGUAGUAGCAAUAGCAGCGGCAGCAAUAGCAACAUUGUUGUCACGCCAGCAACAGCCAUUGUCAAACUGGAACCGGAUCUGGAACAAGCCGGCACAAGUCUGCAACAGCAACAGCAGCAACAACAACAACAACAGUUGCAGCUGCCGCUGCCGCACGAUAUGGAUAUGGACGAUCAGUCGGGUGUGAGCGAUGAGGAGACUGAGAGCGCUGUUCAUAACUUGACCAAUAAUCGCUUAACCGGCGAAGACUCCUCGAAUGGGUCUUCAUCGAAUGCCUCGCUACAGCAGCAGCAGCCGCACUCCUCCUCAGCCAGCUCAUCACAGUCGCAGCAGCAACAACAACAACAACAAUUUUUAGUUGGAACGCCUGCGCGCUCCAUUGUCAUUAAGAAUUACAUGCAACAGCAGCAGCAGUCGUCGUCGUCGUCGUCGACGACAGAUCAGUCAAUUGGUAAUGGCAAUAGCAACUGUUCGAGCGUGUUGCACACACAGGUCAUACAAAGCGGUGCAGGCACCAGCAAUGGCCAUCACAUCAUCAACAAUAACAACAACAGCACCACCACCACCACCAACACCAGCACUAAUACAACAGCUACCUCGGCCAGCAAUUUGGCACAGCAGAUGCUGCGCAAAACGCCAAUCAUACACUCAACGGGCACGCUUAGCUCGGCGCUGGCCAGCGUCGUCCAGCAGACGGGCGUUGGUUCGCCAGCGCAGUCGCCCUCAUCGUCAUCCACAUCAUGUUCCUCCACCAUGGUGGUGUCCAAGGCGACGUGUGUGCCAAUGUCAAUUGCCUCAUCGGCGGCGCUGGGUGGCUACACAAUAAUUCGCAGUACGCGAAGUCAUCAUCAUCACCAUCAGCAGCAGCAGCAGCAGCAGCAGCAGCAACAACAACCACAACAGCAGCAGAGCAACUGUAGCAGUCAGCGUGUUGUGACUGGAACGCAACAUCAUCAGCAGCAGCCACAACAGCAGCAGCAGCAGCAGCAGAGAACCAACCACCGAAACCACCACCGACGUCGACAUCUGGCUGAUAUGGACGACGAGGAUGAUGAUGACGAUGAUGAUGAGGACGAGACAAGCGCUCAAUUGCGCGCUGUAUCCAAUGGACAUCAUCCUCAUCAUCAUCAGCAGCAGCAGCAGCAGCAGCAGCAACAACAGCACCUGAAUCAAAAUCAUAAUCAUAGCCACAGCCACAGCCAGAGCCACAAUCAUAAUAGCCACAAUCAUCAAAGCCAUCAUCACCAUCACAAUCAUUUUGAUGAUGAUGAUGACGAUGAGAAAUCAUCACCGUCCCUGGCCACAGCGGCCAUUAUCAAAGUCGAACCGAAUCUCUAUUCAUCGGGCUCCGGCGACAAUUCCAACGACAUGUUCAUCAAGGAGGAGGUCAUGUUUGAGGAUUCAGUUGUGCCGCAUUCACCACAAUCGCCGCCCAGCUCCAAAUUUCGCAUCUCGAAUUUUGACAGCGAUCUGGUUGAUCAUCAUGUCGAUCUCAAUCACUCGCUGCCGCCAUAUGGUAAUCUAUUUGAGUCGCAUUCAAUACCCGACAGCAUACCCGUACAGCUCUAUCCGGAUGAUGACGAUGAUUUUCGUUUGGAUCACAGUUCGCUGGGUGGCCUGCAUAAUACCUCAUCAUCCACCACCGAUGGCGAUUUCAUUAAAAAGGAAUGGGUCUAUGGCAGCGGCACCAGCAACUAUGCCAUGAAUGGCAAAUUCGAUGAUGACAGCGAUGCACUUUGCGAUGCCGCCAACUUCAUCUACAAUUGAGUGGUCAGCGGCGUGUGAUGAAGACGAUGACGUCUGACAAUGUGACGAUGUGGCCAUGUAAGGUGUACACCUAUGCUGACAUAUAAGGAUAUAAGGGGGCAAAUGCAUCAAACGGGUGCAGCAGCAGCAGCAGCAGCAGCAACAGUAGCAGCAGUAGCAGAUCCAGCAACAAGUUCGAAUUCUUGACGCACAAACCAUAAACAAAACACACAUUUACACACACAAACACACACACACCUACA